AUGAGGUGGAGUGAGAACGAGACACAUCAGUUCGUCAAAAUUUAUCUCAGUCACGAAUGCUUGUGGAAUCCGGUGCACACUAAUUACAGAUCGAAAGGUAAAAGAUUAAAAGCCUACAGAGAUAUCAUUGCUGCACUUAACGAUACAACAGGUAUAUUACUUAAUGAAACUGAGUUAAAGAUUAAAAUAAAGAACCUUCGAUCUACAUAUUCGCAAGAGGUUUCAAAAAUAAAACAACGCUCAGGACCCAAUUGGACUUACACACCAAAUAUGAAAUGGUUUGGUGAAUGGCAUAAAUGCUUUAGCAUUUUAAAAAAACCUACGGAAGAUUCAUCAUUUGAUAGUCAACAAGACAUAUCAGAGGACACAUCCCCUAAAAUUUGGCUUUCACAAAAUGAAGAACAUCUACAAGAUGAAACUUUGGACCCCUUUCCUGACGCUGAAGAAGAAUACAAUUUAAUUUUAAAACCAGAACCUCGAGAGGUUCCAAAUAUUAAUAUUGACAGAAGUUUCGUACACACAGCUAAUUUAGACAGUAGAUAUGAAAAUAAACGGAAAAAAAUCAAACUUAGAAGUCCAAGUACUGACUGCUUAAACUUUAAAGAAAUCACGGAUUCCAAUACAGAUUGUGGAGAAAAGGAUGAUGAGUUUGAUAUCUACGGCAAAUACAUUGCUUCUCAGUUGAGGAAGAUGGACUUACAAAGAGCUUUGAGACUGCAGUUAGAGAUACAGAGCUUGGUCAGUGAGGCUAGGAUAUCAGAUUUAAAUAUUAAAUAA